AUGUCAUCUACUUCAGAUGGCGUCCAAGACGAAGAAGAAGAUUUCAAUAAUUUAGACUGCUUAUUUGAGAAUUCUGGUAUUAAGAAAAGAGCAACUAAAAAAGAAAUUGAUGAUUUAUUGACAUACAUCGGAGGAUUUGAGAAGUGGAACAAUCUAAAUGAUGAUUGUCGGAUUCAAGUUUUGAAACUUUUGGAGUAUGAAGAUAGAGGCAGACUUGGAUUUUGUUCGAAAAGGGACAAUUUGCUUGUAGAGUCAACACCAUUGCAUGUGGAUACUAUUCAAGUCGAGGAGGGAACAUUGGUGGUCAUGGAGUCUCAAAUUGUCCGGUUCUAUGGUUUCGCAGAUUUCACCGAUGAGCAGUUUUUGAAAACCAAAGCCCAACUCAUAACGUUUUCCCCAAUGUCAGAAGAAAUAGAGCCAACGAUAAAGCUAGGUGAACUAGGCGAUGCUCUAAAUGAAAUUGAAAAACUAUCAUCAAAAGGGAGGAUCAGAUUACUCAACAGUUUUAUUAGUGGAUUUGAGAAAUGGGAUCAGUUGAAUGAGGACUGUCGUCUACAUGUCGUUCAGUUCUUGGAUUACAAAUCCAUGUGUAAUCUUGAAAGAUGUUCGAAACAAGAUCAGAAAUCUGUCAAAGAUGCUCCAAUUCAAAUUUUCAGUGUGGAAAUUGCUGAAUUAGAUGAUGGAAGUGCCGAGAAUGGACAAAAAGUACCUGACAGUGUCCGCGUUACUCUCCGGUUUAGUUUCACCGCGAAAAAUUAUGAAUUGAUAUUCUCUCAAAACGGGGAAUAUGUUGAAAGAGUGUGCGGCGUAAAAAGACGUCGUGAAAUUAUAAUAGUGAAGUCAUCAGAUCACUAUCAAGAAGCUGUUAAUUUUGCGGAGAGGAUGAUCAGAAAAGGACAGAAUCGAUUAGAAGAGCUAAGAGUGUAUAUGAAAAAAUAUCCAUUUGAAAACUCUCAAAUGAGGUCAUUGCCUCGUUGUAAAACUGCUCGACUAGGUGUGAUGAACAAGGUUGAAAUGUGGUGGUGGUUGAAAUGGCUUCCGAAGGAUAAUCUGGAUGUUUGGAUAUCUACUUUUGAACGCGAUACGUUCAAAUUGGCACUGUCUUCGGAAGAUCUCAAUUGUCAACAGAAUUGGAUUAAUGGUACGGGAUGCCGUUUGCAGCGGAUGCAUUUGGGUUUUAUGGAAGAUAGAAAACUUGAUGUGAUUCUACAAGGAAUUGAGUUUCGAGAAUGGGAUCAGGACUUCAAAGAUGAAGUAUCCAUCAAAAAUGUUCACUUCGUGAUGGAAUUUGAAUCGAUUUGUGGAAUAGGAGAACUAUAUCAAAUCUAUAGCAAAGUGGAUCCAUAUGAGAGUAUUACUUUGCAAAUAUCAGAUGUCUAUACAGGCUUAUUAUGCCUUUAUCAUACUGGAAAACGAGCAACUUCAUUCGACGGGGAAAUUUAUACAUCCUUUACGGCUCCUGAUUAUCUUUACCAUUAA